AUGUACUUGGUCGAAUGGCAGAAGCGUGGCCUUCCUCAUGCACAUAUUCUCAUUUGGCUGGAGAAGCCCAUUCUUCCAAACAGAGUGGAUCAAGUCAUUUGUGCCGAGUUGCCGGACUCUCAAGCUGAUCUUGAGCUUUCCAACAUCCUCCAGACUCACAUGUUGCACGGCCCAUGUGGCGCUUUCAGUGUGAGGCGACGUCAACUGCCCUGCGUGAAGGUUGGUCAUUGCAGUAAAAAGUAUCCUAGGCCAUUUGUGAGUGAAACAAGGACAGGAGAUAAUGGAUACCCUACUUACAGAAGGCGUGCCCCAGAGUAUGGUGGCCAUCAUGUGCUCAUCAAAGUUGGCAGUGAAUACGUUCCUAUGGACAACCGACGGGUAGUGCCUUACUCUCCUGUUUUAUCUCGGACUUUCAAAACCCACGUUAAUGUAGAGUACUGUAGCAGUGUCAAAUCGAACAAGUACAUUUGUAAAUACGUCAAUAAGGGGACUGACCAUGCCACGUUUGCUGUUAGUGACGAAACAGAUGAAAUACAGAGUCUUUCUCGUAAUAAAUACCCUGACAUCAACAUGCCCCGUAAAAAGAAAAGUAGCUUAAGCAGAGUGUCUAAGGAUGCUAAAAGAAUGAAGGUGUGUAGGUCUGCAAAAGAUUAUGAAGGCUCUGAAUCUGUUGAGGGUGUGAGGCCGGGCCCAUCAAGCAAUACUGGAGGAAAUGAGGCAUCCACGAGCUCCACUUCAUUAGAAACAUACUUUGUUGGUCAGGAACAACCUUCCACCAGUCGGGAGCGUGUGGCCCGCUUCAAAGCCUGGCAGUCUGAAGUCGAAAGAGAAAAAUGUUUGGCCCGUGACAGAGAGUGGCAUGCAAUCUCCCGAAAGUCACAGUCUGAGGAUAACAGGGAGGCUCGACUGGUAGCAGAUACGGUUCGCCACAGUCUGAAAACCUCAUGUGGCUCUAGAAUCAAAAUUAGGCAAAGCUACUGA